AUGGCCAAAAGGGUUGAGAAAAAUAGAGUUGAGAACACUCAGGACCACAGUUCCAGCCAUGGUCUCGCGAAUCUGUCCCUCGCCUCCAAAGCCAUCCAUGCAGACGAUUAUCUCAACGAAGGCUCAGAUGUUGCGCCGCCUAUGCACGUUUCAACUACAUUCAGAUACAACCGAGAUUCUACCGCUUUAAGAGCUUGGGGAGAUCGCACUCCAGCAGAUUCUACAGACGAGGGUCACAUAUACUCCCGCUACACAGCUCCAAAUACCACUCGCUUUGAGGCCAUCCUCUCUGAUAUCCUGAAAGGUCCCACUCUGACCUACGGAUCCGGUCUCAGUGCCUUCCACGCUCUCCUGGUUUUCCUCAACCCAAAGCAAAUUUCAAUCGGAGCUGGCUACCACGGCUGUCACGGCGUCAUUGCUAUUCACCAGAAGCUCACUGGGUCCAAGAAGAUACCUCUAGACUGCGCUGCUGAGGAUCUCCAACCCGGUGACAUUGUUCAUGUCGAGACUCCGCUCAAUCCCACGGGGACAGCUUACAACCUCAAAGAAUAUGCUGACAAGGCCCAUUCGAGGGGGGCUUUCCUGACGGUUGAUGCUACGUUUGGGCCUCCACCUUUGCAAGAUCCGUUCCUGUGGGGUGCGGAUAUCGUCAUGCAUUCCGGCACGAAGUAUAUUGGUGGUCACUCUGAUAUGCUGUGUGGUAUCUUGACAAUCAAUCCAAAACACCAGGAUUGGUUCGAAAAGAUGCACAAUGAGAGAGCGUAUCUUGGAAACGUAAUGGGAUCGAUGGAGGGAUGGCUGGGUAUCAGAAGUGUCAGGACGCUGGAGGUGCGGGUCCAGAGACAGGCUGCCAAUACGGCAAAGCUGGUCGCUUGGCUUGAUGGCAUUCUUCGCCCAGGGAAGGCUGGGGAAUCUGAGAGCAUCGACACCCGGGACGGUGAAGCUGUCCGGAAAAUCCUCGCCAAGGUCGAGCAUGCCAGCUUACAAGAAGAGGAUAUCAAGGAUGGGUGGCUGACGAAGCAGAUGCCGAAUGGCUUCGGCCCAGUCUUUUCCAUCUACUUGAAGGACCUCACCUUGUCUCGCCAACUCCCGAGCAAGUUGAACCUGUUCCAUCAUGCUACUAGCCUUGGAGGAGUCGAGAGUUUAAUUGAGUGGCGGGCCAUGACUGAUUCUAGUGUUGAUACGACAUUGCUGAGAGUCAGUGUUGGCAUCGAGGGAUGGGAAGAUUUGAGAGAUGAUCUGCUACAGGGUUUCAAAGCGCUCGCUGCGGAUCUGCAGUGA